AUGCUAAGAAAAUUAUUAGUGCUAAAAUUGUGCAAUCGAUUUUGUUUUGCCAAAUUCUACUAAUUCUCAAAGUUAGAUCACUUCUUCGAAAAAUUUGAGAUGGAUAAAUUUGAUUCCGAUACUUAAUUUACUCCCACAAAUGGCAACUUCAAAUUUUCAAAAAUACUUGAAUCCUUGGAAAAAGGCAAAUAGUCUCUUUUCAAUUCCAGUCUCAAUGAUUACCUGACGACUCAAACUAUUAACUUUGAAUAAUUGUUGGCAUUACUUGUGGCCCUACAUCAAACUAACAUCUUUUGCAACAAAUCCAACAAAGAAAUUCUCUUGAAAUACAUUAAUUCAAAUUUGAACACUAUUAACAUCGGAGUCCUUCAAAUGAUCUCCCAUAGUUUGUCUUUAGGCAUUGCUGAUCAAUAGACAUUAAGUUUAUAUUUUUAGCAUUUUCUCAAAUGCAAUUUGAAGAGAUUUAACCACAUUCAACAAUUUGACAUGAUAUUCAUCAUUUCCCAGGCUGUUUUGAAAUAUCAAGUGAAUCUAGACAACUCUGAAUUCGCUAAUUAAUGGAAAUUACUCCUUUAAUUACUUCUGCCACAUUUGGAAACUAAAAAGGAUUGGUUGGUCAAGAAAUUUCCACAUCUGGCCUUCAUCAUCAAAAGUGCCGGCAAAGACGAUGCGUAGAGCUUCUUUAUUGAGGAUUUGAUAAACUUGUUUAAGGCCAUGACUAGCAAAUUCAAUCAAUAAGCAGAACUCAUUUAUAAAUUGGAUUCAAAGGAAAUCACUAUAUUAUUAUCAAGUGUGAUAAAGAUCAGAGACAGGUAUUUAACAUAGGAACUCAACAUUCUAAUUGAUAAUUUGAUAAAGUACCUGAUUAGAUAUGAUUUCUCUAAGUUCAAUGAUUCCUCCUUGCAAUCCUUAGCCCUAUCAAUAACUCACUUCCCAUCCUAUUAAUCGCAGUUCUAUGAGUUAUUAGUAGAUUAGAUUGAAUAGCGAAAGCAGAAGGGCAAGUUCAAUACAAAGCAACAUAUAUCUAUAAUAUUUGAAUUGAGUAUUAAAUGGAAGAAUAAGGGGAGCAAUGUAAAAUUAGUUAAUGUGAUCUAAAGUCUAUCGGUCAUUGAAUAAUCAGAUUAUGAUCUUGCCCAUUAUUUUCAGAUCCUGACGACAUUGCCUCUAGAAUAUAUAAUUGACUUAUUGAAAUCGAUUGAAUUUGAUUUGAUUCAGCGAAAUGAAAAAAUUGCCCAAGAUUAAAACUAUAAGAAGGACUCUAUCUCAGUUGAAAGAAUGUAGAAAUCUCUUCUGAAAAUUGAGGGAUAAGUAAAGCAACAAAUUUUAUCCUCUGUUAAUCUGUAAUUGAUAUAGAAAAUUUAGAAUUUGUUAAAAUGA